GAGGAGAGAGUUCAGCCUCCGGAGAGGGAGGAGAAAGGACUUCAUGAAGGAAUACGCUUCUCAGAGUUUGGACAAAAACCGCGUCCGUUGGGACACAAUGAAGAGUCCUCGGUGUCUCUGUUAGGUUUUAUCGGCGAACAGGAGUUGAGGAGCGCGCUUCGGUACGCUGGAGUCACCGCUGCAGCUUCUCCGAGUGAAAAGACGGCUUCAGUAAGGGAGGAACUUUGUAGAAAAAAUGCAGGGAGUUUCAGCAACUGACCUGCCGCCCUCCUCCCUGCAAUACCAGUGCGGAUCAGUGGACUACUUGUGUUCUCCACGACUGGCAAAAAAAGGCCCAACCACCAGACCAUGUCCCGACAAGCCCGCAAUCAAGCCACGGCCCCAGACCUCCACCUUACCCAGACCACCGACUGCUCAGAAACCUCAAGUGCCCCCUAAACCUGCACACCUGCUCGCCCUUGGGCAAGACAAGAAACCUAAGAGGAUCCCCCCGGCACCCUCGAGACCUCUGCCGGCACCCCCUCCUCCUCCGAAACCAAAGCCUUGCCUGAGCGCCACUGGCCUGGGAGCACAGCCGCAGAAAGAGCCCCAGAAGGUUGGACAGCUCAUCGAGAGGUUUAAUAACUCCAGGGUCCCCAUCCUGGGGGUGCUCCCACGGUCGCAGCUGCAUCUUUGUCUGAGAAUGGAAACUGCGUCUGACCUCCCUCCAUCCUGCAGCCCCAACACCACGGCGACAGUCACAGGAGACUCCUCCUCUGUGGACAAACUUGCACUUAGCACCUCCGAACGAACUGACGACGUGUCCGAACUCUCACAUCUCGCCUCAAUGCACAUCGAAGCCUCUGAUGACGGCACGCUGGACAACUGCGUGGAGCACGACAUUACACAAAGAGUUGACUGCAUCGACGAUGCAGACUGUGAACAAGGCUCUUCCCACAAACUCAUGGACAAUUCUGACUCCUCACAGCAAAACGGGAAGAUUCCCAACCGUGACAGCGGCAUCGACAGCCCAUCUUGUGCUGCUGAUGGGGAGGUUUUCCCGAACGAGGACGCCAUCGAUGAGGAGGAUCAUUACGACAGCGUCACCGAGACAGAGAGCGUGUCCUGCUGCGUCACAGUGGACAAUAAGAGGGACUCAACGCAGGACGAGGACAGUGACUUGGAUGAGGGGAGCAGCGGGGAGAUCCAGUCACUUACGGACACACAAUCUGGUUUUCUGACAGAUAUACAAUCAGACGCAAACAAAUGCUCGGAAGGUCAGAAACUCCUGAACAUCGCCAAAGAGCUCCUCCACACUGAAGAGGCCUACGUGAAAAGACUCAACCUCCUUGACCAGGUAUUUUGCACUAAGCUCACAGAAGCUGGAAUCCCUCAGGACGUCAUUACAGGGAUCUUCUCCAACAUUUCCUCCAUCUACUUAUUCCAUGACAAGUUCCUCCUCCCUGAGCUCAAGACAAGGAUUACUGGAGAAUGGGAAUCAAACCCUCGCAUUGGAGACAUCCUUCAAAAACUCGCUCCAUUUAUGAAGAUGUAUGGAGAAUAUGUGAAGAACUUUGACCGAGCCAUGGACCUGGUGAACACCUGGACACAGAGGUCAUCUCAGUUCAAGAGCGUCGUCCAGAACAUACAGAAACAGGAAGUGUGUGGGAACCUGACGUUGCAGCAUCACAUGCUAGAGCCGGUCCAAAGGAUUCCUCGUUAUGAGCUUCUGCUUAAAGACUAUCUGAAGAAGCUGCCUGACGAUGCUCUGGACCGCAAGGAUGCAGAAAAGGCACUCGAGCUGAUCUCUACUGCAGCCAACCACUCUAAUGCAGCAAUCAGGAAAAUGGAAAAGAUGAAUAAACUGUUGGAAGUUUAUGAGAGGCUUGGAGGUGAGGAGGACAUAGUUAAUCCAGCCAAUGAGCUCAUCAAAGAGGGGCAUAUCAAAAAGAUGUCUGCUAAAAACGGAACAGCACAAGACCGAUACCUCUACUUGUUCAACAACAUGGUGCUAUACUGUGUCCCUAAGCUGAGACUGAUGGGGCAGAAGUUCAGUGUUAGAGAGAGAAUUGACAUUGCAGGAAUGGAGGUCCAAGAAAAUGUGAAACAGAAUCUUCCUCAUUCGUUUGCCAUUAUUGGUAAACAACGUUCACUGGAGCUUCAGGCCAGGACAGCAGAGGAAAAGGAAGAUUGGAUUCAGGUCAUCAAGGCUACUAUCGAGCGCCACAAACAAAACAGCGAAACAUUUGAAAAAGCUUUCAACAGCUCCUUCUCCCGUGAAGAUGACCAUGUGCCGGAGUCUCCGGGUACAUGGCAGAGUUCAUCCAUGGAUGUAGAUGGGCUUCAUGAAAGGAAGAGCUCCAAGAAAAAGGAGAAAGAGAAACAGACGUGCCGAGGCUGCAAUGAGAGCUUCAAUUUCACCAAGCGCAAGCAUCACUGCAAAUCCUGCGGAGCGGCCAUCUGUGCAAAGUGUUCAAAGACCUUGGACAACAAAACGAGCCGAGUGUGUCCUGUUUGUUUCGACGCCAACCAUGGCCUUGAAAGUAGCUGUGGUGGUGAGCAGAAGAGAAAAGCUGCACCAGAGAGGCAGAUGUCCCUGACAGGAGACAGCUGCCUGCUUUGCGGCUAUCUUCAAGUUCAGGAGAAGGGGAAGAGUUGGACCAAGAUGUGGGUGGCUGUAACAAAGACUGAGCCACUGGUGCUGUACUUGCAAAGCAGUGGACAGGAUUUCAAAGGGUCACGGGCAUUACCUCUGCCCGGCUUCGAGGUGAGUGCGGUUCCGACGGCCACGGCUGAUAAACCAGAAGUCAAACACGUGUUGAAGCUUAGUCACACCCAGCAAACCUUCCUCCUAAGUGCCCAAGACCCUGAGCUUCAGGCCAAAUGGGUGGAAGUCCUCUCCAAAGCUUCCCGUGGAGACGCAUCCGCAGAGGCAUUGAUGAGCCUGGCUGAACACAGGAAGAGCCAGUAGUGGCCCCGCUGGAGCCGCUGGACUCUCUCCCUCUCCUGUGUACAAAGCACACAUUACUUGAAAUCACUUUACCUUGGCACUUUUGUUUUCCCUCCCCAAUCAAACUCAGUCAUAUCUUCUCGACCACGGCUUCUCCCUUUUUCUCCAUCUUCGUGUCUGAAAACACACACCGAUACUUCGAUGCCACUGGUCUGGAUGUUUUAUUUGUCAGUGUUUUAAACAACUGGAGCAAAUCUCUGAAGAACAUUUAUGUGUAAUAUAACUGAAGAAGUUUUAAGAUGAAGUUCUUGUACAUUGUUCCACGGUGUCAUGAAGCAUUAACUCUUAGGUGUCUGUCUUUGCAUUGGUGUGCAUGUGUGUGUGUGUGUGUGUCUGAGCGCCUGAGUCCCUUCCUAUUAUAUUAAGUAUUCAAUGCUUGUGUAAGAAACCCCUCUGUGGCUUUCACCUCUGCUUAAGGCACAGAGUCGAUUUUGUGGAUCAUGUACAGUAUGUGUACUAUAAUGUGAUGUAAGGAUUUAAAAAAAAAAAAAAAAG